AUGAGCGUACAGUCACGUAGUGAACGUCUACGGUACUGCACGUAUCCAACACGUGUGAGCGCCAUUAUUCCGGAUGAGGUGAUGAGGUUUUGUGGUGAAAAUGUGUUGACGUUCACAUCGUUGGAAAAACUGGAAAAGAGAACAAAAGAUUACGAACCGCCAGAAAUUGAGGCAGAUUUACAGGAUGCCAUCGAUCAAGCACUACAUGACGAAGAUCAAGAACAGAACGUUGUUAUUGAUGCGUCAAGAAUUCCUAUCCUGAAAAAUUCAAAUAGAAUUAUAAGGACAACACGUUCAUCAAAUACCCUCGGCUCUAGGCUGCAAUCUGCUUCUAGGUUAUCGUCGGCUCAUUCAAAAAACGUACGUGCCCGCAGCGCGCUUGGAAGGGCGACUGCUGCAGCAUCGAGCGGCGGCGGCACGCUCAUUUAUCCAAAAGCUCGUGGGCUUAAUAAUAAUACGAAUGAUAAUUUCAUUGGGUACGCUGCCGCAUUCGAUGAAAGUGAGCGUCGCAAAUCGCUGGAUCCUUCGUUCGGAGCUGUUCAUAACUUCUAUGAUAGUCUCGAUUUGAAUGGUUUCCGUGCUCGAAGUGAUUCACCGCUCUCUUCUGCGGCCUCAGUUUCUGAUCGGUAUUCAUCGACUCCAACGCACCGUGGCAGAAGCCGAAUUCGACCCACUCGCUUACCUAUUCUCAUGACUCGGUCUGCAUCAGCUGCAUCGAAUCCUCCGCUUGAAAGCAAUUGUUGUGUACGUUCGGCUUCCACAAUAUGUGCAGAUAUGGUGAUGAUUGGAUCUCAAGAACGACUUGCUGAUAACAUGGAGGAAACUCCAUUGAACGUUUCGAAGAGAUUACUUUCUCGGUGUAUCAAUCCGAAACGACCAAAUUGCUGCAAAUAUUCGAAGAGGUUACUAUUGUUCUCACCAUAG